AUCCACAUAGCUAUUUAGACAUACUAUACCAUUGCGAUAGAAAGUCAUGUUCACUGGUAAAUAGGAAUUUAGCUUGUGAGGUCAACAAUGGCCUUGGCGACGGGCGCGGCUCCUAUGGACGUCAACCUUCCGUCCUUUCCUAAGAACAUUAUGCUGGAAAUAGUAUCAAAGUCCGUGGAGGGAACGUGCCUGCAUGACAGGCUCCCGCUUGCCAUGUGUCCAUGGACCGAGGACUCCCUGGCGGCUGCUCUUCAAAACGGUUCAGCUGAUACCUUCUUCCUUUAUGAAGAGGGUGGCGCGAGCCAACAGAGUGCGCGGAUCGUUGCUAGCAUCGCUCUGGUACUUAAGGACCAUGUCCUGCGGCGCUUUUGUUGCCGCGCGGAUGUCGUGGCGGCAUUGGAGGAAUUCAAGUGCACCAUGCUAGUAUGCGGCAGCUUUGCCGUUAACGAGGACGGCAGCAUGGUGACUUGGACACUUUCCCACAGCAAGGCGUGCCGUGUGGCAGGAACAGAGCAGUCCGGAUAUGACGGGCUCACCCGGGUACAGGCGGACAACCUGGCGGCAAGGGCAGCGCCUUCCACCCUCACCAAUGCAACGGGGGUCACAGCAGGAACGGAGGCGACCCGCUCAAAAAGUGCCACGAUGACAUUUGGCAAAUUGGAGACGGCCGUGUCUGGGCUACUGGACCCAGCUGUGACCCAAUCGCAGCGCAUCCAGUAUUGCAAAGCAAUUGACGCUGAGUGCAGGAACGGCCAGAACUCGUUGGUGAGAGAAGUCGCACACGGGGUCUGGCCACGGGAUGCUGGCAGUGGGCACCUUGUCACCCUCAGCGACAUGUCAAAUGCGCACGGGAUUGCGUACACAGACCUGCUCGCGGGCGGCGUCGUCUACAACAUGCUUACGGUAGAGCCGGGUGACAACGUGCUGUAUGCUGGCUUGCCCACGGAGGACGGUAACAUCGCGGCCGUGGGCAUGACUUUCAACUUGGAGCAGCUGCGGUUGCUGGUGGAGGGGGCGGCGAAGUACGACUACCUAAAGACGGAUGCGGCAGCUCGGAAGGCAAGAGCUGCUAACCUGUACGAGCUUCCAUCGCUCGAGGAGCUGUGGAUGAAGGAGUGCCGCCCUUACUCGUCCACCGCCAAGGCCAACGAAUGUGGCAAGGGCAAGGGCGUGAACGACCCGAGGAAGGAUUUGCAGGACAAGGAGGCUUACGUGGCAAAUCUCAAGACGAUGGCCAUGCGCGGGUCCAGCCUCUACACGGGAUACGCGAUUGUGGGCGGGGGUGCGUCUCAAGCUGCUAGCUAUACGGAGAAGCUCAGCAAGUCCUGCAAGGAGUACUUUGAGUCCAAGGGGCAGGCGGAUGAGGAGGUUGCAGCGGCAAUGGAGGGCGUAAGGGGUAGGUCCACCCAAUGCACCCACUUGCAGUACGUACUGGAGGCGGGGCUCUUGUACAGCAAGGACGGGCAGGGACAGUACCCUAUCGACUUGCUGAACAAGUGCCCUAUCAAGGGCAAUGCUGGUAGGGCCGCCGCGAGGAUUCGGCAGUCCAUGUACUUGCAGUACGCUGGGCGCCUUGGCGCGCUGUGCAAGAAGGAUGCUCCAAUCGCACCGUUGGGGCUGCUACUGGCGGUGGGAGCUUCAUCCUCGUACAGGGAAGCUGGGGAGCUUAUCAACCAGUACCGGGCGGCUAGGAAAUCUGGCAAUCCGCCCGCUCGGCCAGUGGUGGCAUUGGCGCGGCGCUUCUUUGGCAUCGCGCCGGAGCCUCCGUCCGUCAACACAAUCCCCAACACGGCUGGUGGCGUAGGCGUUCGGAUUGAGGUCGACGGAGGUGGCGGUGCUGCUGGUGGCGCCACAGGCGGUGCCGCAGGGGGUGCUGGAGGUGCUGGUGAGGGAGUGGCCGCGCCCUUGGAUCAAGGUGCGGCCCAGCCUGGUGCGGCGGCCACCACAGCGCACAGCGACGAAGAGGAGGAGCCGGAUCUGGCGCUGAUUAACUUGGAUGUCUUUGGUGUCGAGCCGCCAGUGCAGCAGCGUGCGCCACGGGGUCGGCAGCGGGCGUCUGGUCUGGAUGACGACCUCGGAGCCCGUGGUGGCAGGAAGAAGCAGCGGACCGGGGCUGCUAAGGUGGCGAAGAGCGGUCGUGGUGGUGGUAGCGGGAGGGGAGAAGUUGGCGGUGGAAGAGGGCGUGGGCGGGGCGGCAGGGGCGGGGGGAGGGUGGCGGCAGUGGUUGAGUCGGAAGAAGAGGAGGAUGGGGGUGACGAGGAAAUGGAGGACGACGAGGAGGCAAGCGGGGAGUCUACUGGGGAGGGGCAGGAGGAUGACGUGAGUGUCCGGGAUACAUCGGAUGACAGCAGCAGCAGCAGCGGCGGUGGAAGCAGUGGCAGCAGCGGCGAACGGGCGGGCGGAAACCGGCAGCAGGACCGUAGGCAGCAGGAACUAGAGCAGCAGCAGCAGCGGGGUAAGAAGCAGCAGGCAGCAGUUGGGGCGGCAAAGGUGCCCAAGGCAGGAACUGGGUCGAGUGGCCAGUCUCGGCGUGUGCGGGCUAACCGCUAGAUAGAGGCAGACUGGGAGUAGGUUGUUUGCAAUGGGCAUAGAGUAGCUGUGAGUGGAAACAUGGUUCGUAGAUAGGUGAUCCAAAGUUGGGUUGGGUUGGCUUCACGUGGUGUACCUUUUGUAUUGGUUUGGCCGUGAUUGCUUGGAUGAUUUAUUAUUAUAAGCUUGGAUGACUUGAUAGCACAAACCUGAUACCCAUGACCAUACUUCUUAUCUACCUGCAAUUUUUGACGUGCAUGAUCCUAUUUCGUUGCAGGGGCGUUGGAGUAGGUUAGUUCAGGGACUGUAGGCAAGAUGUUUGAUAUAGAUAGGCAAUGGAGUAGAUAUUGGACUAUGGUAAGCUAGCUUAUGGAUUGCAUUGGGGGCGUGGGGCUUCCAGGGGCGUGGUCCCUUCGUAUAAUGGUGGUGAGCAUUCGUAAAAAGGAG